UUGACAGAAGAGGAAGCUACUAUACAAUCAAAAAAAUGAGCAAGCAUACAAACUUUCAACGCCACAGGAUGGGUGGUCAUGAUGCGGAAGAGCUGAAGAACUUCUGGGAAAAGGUCAUCCAAGAGCAAACUAAGCAACAUGAAGCUGAAGAGUCUAGGCUAAGCAAAAGCGCCCUGAACAAACUUCGCCAGGAAUGGACUCUGCGGCUGGAAGGUCGAGCAAGGCAGGUCCAGGCGCACAUGAAAACUCGGAAAGAGCAAAUGACCCCACUGUCUAUUGAGGCUCUUCCCUCACCAGACAAAACUGUUGCUUAAAGUUACAGUGCAAACACAGCAAGCACUAGGCCCGAUUCUGAUCUUCUGCAUGCACCUAUAAACCAGCAGUUACGCUGCUGAGCAACCAAAACGUCAGAUUCUGCCCAUUUUCCAAACUAUAUACUAGAGCUACUAUUAAAGUCCUAUUGAAAUUCAGUGCAAGAAAAAUGCCACAGGGGGAAAAAAAAUUGAAAAGCAAUAGAUGAGAAGCAGACAACUCUAAUUUUCCAUGAUAUAUUAUUACUGUGAUGUAUCAGGAUUCUCUUAUGUAACUGCAUUUCCAAGUGACAACAACAUACUGCUUGGAAAGGACGGCUUGUUUAAUAGGGAUAAUACAUUCAGACAGCUGCAUGCAAAAUUGCACAUUUCCAUUUGCACAGCUCACAGAGUCUGGCUUAAUGCAGACGUAAGAUGUUCUGUCUGUCAUGAUGAGCCACAGUAGAGGGAAUUAAGGAUUAGCCCAAUCAACUGUCCAGGAGGAGAAACACAUUCUUUAAUGGAAUGAUGGGAGAAAACAAAAAAAGGAGACUUUUCUGAUCAACAUAUAAGAACAUUUACAGAUCUUAAUAAUUAAUUUAAAUGAAAAGAAAAAAAAUACUUUUAUUUUCUUGAGGUGUGUAAGAAAAAGACUACUGAUCAGUAGUCUUUAUUGUGAGCCAGUCUGACAAAUGUUAGAGUAGUAAGAGCAAGUUAGUAUGAGAGUUUGAAAUAGAAGGCAGUGAAUCAUAACAGCACAGAAUUGCUUUGCAAAUUAUCACUUGCCAUACCUGACACAGACUAAUCCAAACAAUUUCUGCAUCUUCUUCUGGGUUAGGUGAAACAAAGGUAGGAAUAACUAAACACAGGGUAAUAACAGUGUGCCCUAUUUACCUAUGUGUCUCUGUAUCUAAAUACUAGUCUUUUGGACUAAAACAUUCAUUUGUUUUGUCUUCUGAUACUCUUUGGUAAAGAAGACUCAUAAGUCUAAUCAGCUAUUAUUCUCUAACAAUAUUGUGCCAGAUAGAAAUUUACUUUGAAUCUAUAUUUAUACUAAAGAUGUAGAUAGGAAUACAUCUGAUAUAUUUCGAAACAGAAUAAAAAUUAAACCAUUUUGAUCUCACAGAAAUGCUUUUUUUAUCCUUUAAAAGCAAUAUUUAAUUAGAACACCAGGUGUUACCAAAUGUCCUCACUUUUGCAAAGUCAAAAUGUGCCACAGAAAAAAAAACAAGCUGUCACAAAAAUGUUCUUAUUCCAUGAAGGAUUAAAACAAUUAAAAAUUUAUAAAACAUUUUCCUGUUAUUGAAAACAGAAGGGAUUGUAGUAUCAGUUUCUUUUCAUAAAAACUGACCCAAAAAACAUGCAAUUGUUUCUCUCAGUGGCUAUUUUCCAUUAGAAAAGCAAUGCUG